AUGUAUUUUGCAGGAAUUGCGCCAAAUUCUGUGCUAGCUAAAGUAUGUUCUGACAUCAAUAAGCCCAAUGGACAGUUUCGUUUGAUGAAUGAAAGAGAGGCAGUUUUGGCCUUCUUAAAAGAUCUUCCACUGCGGAAGAUGAUUGGAAUUGGACCCGCUACUGAAGCAAUUUUGAAGGGGAUCGGUUUGCAGCGUUGCGGUGACUUAUAUGCGCAGCGUGGUUUACUUCCGUUGCUCUUCACGCAAUAUAAUGCAGAGCAUUUCUUGCGUAUUGGCCUUGGUAUCUUUCAUGUGUACGAAUCGGAAGAAACUGCGUCACGCCGAAAAAGCAUCAGCAAUGAGGAGACAUUUCAUGCUACUGCAGAUCUCAAAACUCUUCUUGAGAUAACAAGCAAACUGUGCUGUGAACUUAUUGAAUCGUUAUCUCCGCGCGGAAUUCUAGGGGGACGUACGGCUACCGUGAAAAUGAAAUACACAACGUUUGAUGUGAUUACGAGAUGUUCCAGUGUGGAAUAUACAAUUUCGGACACGGAUCGACUGUACGCCAUUUGCUCAAAAAUUGUACAACAAGAAAUGCACAAUAAUCCCAGACAGUUACGAUUGAUUGGUGUACGCUUGUCACGUCUUGUUUUCGAGGACGAAGAAAAGGCGAAACCGUCACUGAAAACACUGCCAUCAUUCUGGACCUCUGCACAGGCAAAUUCAAAAACAUCGGAACUUAUGAAUGAUUUAUCAACUGACAGUGCUAUGCCGUCAUUUUCUUAUGCACCAGCAAUAGAAGAGCAGACCACUUCCGAAAUAAAAACUUCAAACACCAGCGAAAUAACAUCAGACACCGAAGAUAGUUUUGAUGGAAAUGGCGAAACUGGCUCCAGUUUUUCAUGUGUAUGCGCUGAGGAAAAUUCUGCAGACUCUUUCCAUCGCGAUGCUGAAUUGGUCGACUGGGAGGCGUUGGAUGAAUAUCCCAGUGAAAGGUUAAAUUUUUAA